UGAACCUCACAGACAUGCACACACACAUAUGCUCAUGCACAUACAACGGCACACUGCAUUCAGACAUCCAGCGGAGCACAAAGCUCAUGAAAGGACAUAAAGAUCAGCAAAUACUUAGAUUGGAUGAGAUUUUGGAUGCCUUUCCCUGUGUACAGACUGCAGCUCUUUGUCGUGCAGAUAUUUACAGUUCGUUUGACUUUUCUCAGGGAUUGCAGCUGUACCUCUCACUCUGACUGAAGCUUAUCAAGGUUACACCGAGACUCCGCUCUGUUGACUGACCCAGCUGCUGCUUUUAGCCAUGAGGCUGCUCUGCGGUCUGCUGCUGCUGCUGUUCUUGGGAAUCUGGGCAGCCGAGGCACGAAAGGGUGAAAAGGGGAACGGACGUCGAAAGCGGGGUCGAGAGCGGAAAAGUACCGUCAAGCGGUACGCUGUACAUUGCAAAGCAUUUUCAGCUAACCAAGAGAAAUUCUUGGACUGUCAAGAACGUCAACUGACAGCUGUAUUGUUGGGUUGGCCAGAGGAUAUUGAUCAUCUUCUGUUGGCAAAGAACAGGAUCAAGGUGCUGCGGGACAAUACCUUCAGUCAAUUCCGCAACCUGAGGAGCCUGGAUCUGCAGCAGAAUGAAAUAUUGCGCAUUGAGGAAGGAGCAUUCAACGGCUUGGGCAAACUCACCACUUUACUGUUGCAGCACAACCGUCUGCAGGUGGUGAGCGAAAGCAUGCUAAUUCCUAUGCCUCAACUCAAGUACCUCCGCCUCUAUGACAACCCCUGGAGGUGUGACUGCCAGCUAGACAGUCUAGUAAGGUUCAUACAGGUACCCAGUAACCGCAACAUUGGCAAUUUUGCCAGGUGCGCAGAGCCUGUAUCGUUCUCUGGGAGGCAGCUUAAGAAGCUGGAUGCAGAACUGCUAUGCACCCCUCAGAAGCAGAACAUAUCACAGCAACCAGACCAUCAGCCACUUCCAGCUCCACAAAGGCAAUCUGACGCAACCACUCUGUGCCACACCUAUAUGCACCCUGUACCCCGCCUGGACUGCAGGAACAAAGAACUUAAAACUGUGCCAGCAGAUAUCACAGUGGAUAUUGUGAGAUUGGAUCUAUCCAGAAACAACAUCAAGCAGCUGAGACCUAAGGAGUUUGUAACCGUUAUAGACUUAAAAAUCCUGAACCUGAGCAGCAACAGUCUGGAACGCAUUGACACGGCUGCCUUUGCAGGCCUGCUGCAUUUGGGAGAGCUGGACCUUUCCAACAACAGUCUGCGAUAUUUCCAAUAUGGUGUUUUGGAGGAUCUGUACUUUCUGAAGAAACUGUCUCUGGGGGACAACCCCUGGAUCUGUGAUUACAACAUUCACUACUUGAUCUACUGGCUAAAGCACCACCGUGGAGUGUCCUACACAGGUCUGGUGUGCAGUGAACCAGAGGAGUUUCGGGGAUGGCUGGUGGAGAACUAUGUGAAGACCUACAACGCAGACUGUCCUACAGACAUGUCGCAUAAUCAGUUACCUGGCACUGACCCUGCGGGCACCACAGCUCAGGAACUCACUGCUGAGAUAGAUGAAGCUGAGCUGGUUUCAGAUUUGGGGCCAAGACCUUACAGAGUACCAAAGAAAUUUGAGAUCAUCCGUCUAUCUUAAGGCAGAAAAUGUGAUACUGUAAUGCUGUUGGGAAUGCUGUCCUAUUUUAUCAUGAACAAAUCAUUUUCCCAGCAUAAUUCUGACUGUAUCAGAAAUGAAACGUUAAUAUACUGUUUUUGCAGAUUCUUUGAAUCCAAUCAGAAUUCUAGCAGAUGAUGUUUACGUUUUUCGUUCUGAAUUUUUUUUAUGAGUAAUUUUGUAAAUUGAAUUAUGAUAAAUAAAAGUACAGUUGAUUUUUUUUA